AUGAAGUCUUUCCUUUUGUCUGCUGCUACUCUUGCCGCUAUUGCUACUAACGCUGCCGCCACCAUUACGGUCAUUGCCCCUUGGGGUAGCGAUGUUUGGAAUGCUGGUGGUCAAGGUAACAUUACCUGGAAGCACGAGUCGGCUGAUGCCAACUUGGACUGUGAAAUUCAAAUGAUGAACGGCAACAGCAGCAAUUCCAACAUGGUUGCUUACAUUACCGACCCCAAGUCACCUGUCAAGUGCUCUGCAGAUGCCUUUAAUAUUUAUCCCUUGAAUGACUUUGGUUCGGGUGAUUACUGGAUCCGUAUUGGCCAAUCUGACAAGAACAACUGGGCCUAUUCUGGUGUCUUCAAGUUUAAGGGCAAUGGCACCGCUAAGCCUUAUCACCUUGCCUCCAAUGGUGCUUCCGUUGCUGCUGCUGCUGCCACUAGUGGUAGUGCUGCUGCCUCUGGCAAGAGCGCUUCCUCCUCUGCUUCUGCAUCCAAGGCUGCUCAAUCCGAUUCCCCUGAUGAAAAUGCCGCUGGUCGUCUUGAAAAGACCAUGGCUGCUGCUUUGGGUGGCGCCCUUGUCGUUGCUGCUACCUUGGUGCUUUAA